AUGGCGAACGAGGACAUUGCUGGUGUCCAGAUCUACAAAAGACUAGUGGACAGUCUCCUGGAUCGCGCCGCGCAGGUCAAGCCCGACAAGCAGAUCGAACCCCCUUUGACCGAAACACACCUGGGCGAAUCGAUAUGGCAAGUGCCGUCUGAGGAUAACAAGGCUACAAAGCAUCUAAAUCCACAGACUAAGAUUGCGGCCGUAGAAAUCGCGUUUCGCGAGAAGUUCUAUCGCGUUUUGGCCUCGACUUCCAUCGAUGACCCUGCUUUCAUUCAAAUAUGGAACCUCCUUGACAUCGUCUCCAUCUUUUCUGAUAAUGAACAAUGCGAACCCGGCCUUAUUUUCUGGCUCAUUGAAGAGCUCUUGGAUAGUCAAACCAUUGAUGGCUGUCGCAAGGUGUUCGACUACUUGGAGUCCCGAAGGGAGAGGAACACGAAGAAACACUUCAAACAGAAAAGCUUAGUUAUUCUACGAUCGUGCAACGAACUUCUUCGCCGGCUCUCGCGCGCAGAAGAUACAGUGUUUUGUGGUCGGGUGUUUAUCUAUCUCUUCCAGAGUUUUCCGCUUGGAGACAAGAGUUCGGUUAACCUUCGCGGCGAGUUCCACUCUGAGAAUGUUACAACUUUUGACGAAAUUGCGGAAGAGUCUACCGAGCAGAAGGGACAGGAUACAACAAUGAGUGAAAGGGCUGAACCCACGGCACCCGGAGAGGCAGCGGCGGGCCAGGCUGAGACCUCGAAAUUGCCCAGGGUUAUUAUUUCUACAGGUGAUGAGAAGAAAUCAGACAAAGUCGACUUGAACGCGCUCUAUCCGCUCUUCUGGAGCCUUCAGGCCUAUUUCUCCGCACCGAGCAAGAUGUUCGAUGCUGAACGGUUUACCUCGUUCAAGACUGGAAUGGAAGCUACGCUUGCUGCAUUCAAGAACAUCAACACUGAGAUGGAGAACGAGAGCUCUGCCCGAGCCUCAGAAGAUGCUCGCAAGUCAAACAAGCGCAAGCGCAUCGCGGACGGUACUGAAGUCGCCACCAGCUUCAAUCCGAAGUACUUGACCAGCCGGGAUCUAUUUGACCUCGAGAUCAGCGAUACUGCCUUCCGACGGCAUGUUCUUGUACAGGCUCUUAUUCUCCUCGAUUUUGUGCUUUCUCUCACAUCAAAGUCCAAAUCGCGUCUGGCCAAUACGACGAACAAGUCCGUUCUCUACGGUUUCACUUUGAACGAGGAGGAUACCAAGUGGGCAACCGGCAUGCGAAAAAGCAUCGAGGGAUAUCUGCAACAAGGACCCGGGGGCAAGUUCUACUAUCGCAUGGUGGACACGGUCUUGUCUCGAGACAAGAACUGGGUACGGUGGAAAGCCGAAGGCUGUCCAUUGAUUGAACGACCGGCCAUCUCGGCGGCGGAGUACACCACUUCCCGCGAGCAUGCCAGCAAAGCGCAUGCCAACAAACGCCUUCGUCCGUCCCCGAUGGGCUCUCUCGAUUUAAAGUUCCUUGCCGACACAGAGGCGCUGGCCAAUAUUGAGCGUCUCAAGGAAUCCGACCGAUACAGCGUUCCUUCUGCGGAUUCGUUCCUAAAGGGCAUCAUGGAUGAUGAAAUGGACAUCGAUAUGGCGAUGACCGACGAGGAUAAGGCGAUUGCCGAAGGCGCUAAAGCCAGCAAGUCCUGGCGAAUCUUACGUCUUGCUGCGAAAGGAAAGCUCGCUGCAUUCGACAAAAUUGGAGAGGGCAACAACCUACAGGUAUUGUUCGAGAGUGCCACAGCGACUGAGGAUAACAAUGAGCUCACUUCCUCUGGGGAUACCAAGGAUAUCUCUCAGUCCCUUGAUGGAGCUCAGGAUCUGCCUAUUGAAACCAAAAAAGAGCCCGCUGAAGCGGGCGAGGCUGCUAAGUCCGAAAAGCCUAUUGAGGGCAAGGUCGAGACAGCUGGCCAAUCUGAGGGUGCUCAGAGCCUUCAGGGUCUACCCCAGGGUACAGGUGAACAGGAAAUGCAAGUCGAAAACAAAGACGUCAUCAGUCAAAAACAAAACCCGGAUGACAACAACGAAGAGGCCCUUGCCGCCGCUAGCGCCUCCAAAGAGGACUCUGCCACGUAA